GAGCAUGCGUCGAUGUCUUACGUUGUUGAAAAAUGAAGAGGUCGGUGAUUGGUGCAUUGGUCGUGCAAUCAGCGAGACGACUUUCUACGGGAGCGAGCGGUAAAGUGCCAAGACUUCAAGAGGUGGGGAAGUUGGAUACUCCUAAACAACAAGGAAAAUAUGAAGCUGGUCAGUUCUUUCUUCACAAAGUAUUUGCAUAUCGUGGAGUUGUUCUCUUUCCUUGGGUGGCACGUGUAUUUGACCGAGAUGUGGAGGGUAAACACGAAGCUGGCUUAUCUAAUGGUGACAACAAAAAAAAGCAAGACUAUCCUCCCAGUCCUGCCCAUAAUCUCAAGGGGGAAAGCCAAGUGUACUAUCAAACCCUGAUUGAUGGACGAGACUUUCUAUAUAUUAAAGCACAACCAGAAGCAGUGACAUUCUUAGCGGAUAACGAGAGCACUCUCUAUUCCUUGCCAGGGUUGGAUUACGUCUCACAUGAUGAUAUUUUGCCAUACGAUCCCAGUGAUAAGCAGCCAUUGCAACACGAACUUUUUGACAAAUUUUUGGUGCCCAACCCUCGCAAGAAUGGAGUGCCGCCGUAUGUGGCUCGUGAUGCUCUUUAUGCUUGGCAGUCAAAGAACCAUAAAUGGUUGGAGUUGACAGACAUUCAUCGAGAGACAACUGAAGGCAUUCGAGUAACCGUCAUGCCUUUCUAUAUGGGCUGUCGGGAAUCUCAACAGCUGCCAAUCUAUUGGUGGCGUUACUGCAUCAGAAUAGAGAACCUUACACCAGAGAAAGUUCAGCUUCGUGAACGACAUUGGAGAAUAUUCAGUUUAUCAGGAACUUUGGAAACUGUUCGGGGUAGAGGAGUUGUAGGACAGGAACCCAUUCUCUCUCCAAGGGCACCUGCAUUUCAGUACAGCAGUCAUGUAUCACUACAGUCAACAAGUGGUCAUAUGUGGGGAACAUUUGGAAUGGAGCGGCAAGAUGGGUACACUUUUGAGUGUAGAAUACCUGCAUUCUCUCUCGAAAGCAAACAUUGAUUAAACUGUGACAUUAUACAGAAUAUAUGUAGGUAUCACCUGCUGUAGCUUUUCUAUUACAAAAUUUACUGUUGUAAAAUAUAGAUCAUCAGAUGGCAGUAAACAAUAUACACACAGUUGUAUGUUUUUCAUUAAAAGCAACGAAUAUCCAAGUGUAGGCUUAGGAGAUUUCAGGAGAUUUGGUAGACUCUAAGAUGUUGCAUAAACAAUG